UAAAUUUACAAUAUGGGCAAGGAAAAGAUUCAUAUUAACAUCGUGGUUAUCGGUCACGUGGAUUCUGGCAAGUCCACCACCACCGGACAUCUCAUCUACAAAUGUGGAGGCAUCGAUAAGAGAACCAUCGAGAAGUUUGAGAAAGAAGCCGCUGAGAUGGGCAAGGGCUCCUUCAAGUAUGCCUGGGUGUUGGACAAACUGAAGGCUGAGCGUGAGCGUGGUAUCACCAUUGAUAUUUCCCUCUGGAAAUUUGAGACCAGCAAGUACUACGUCACCAUCAUUGAUGCCCCUGGGCACAGAGACUUCAUCAAGAACAUGAUCACUGGUACUUCUCAGGCUGACUGUGCCGUGCUGAUUGUGGCUGCUGGAGUUGGUGAGUUUGAGGCUGGUAUCUCUAAGAACGGACAGACCCGUGAACACGCCCUGCUUGCCUACACCCUGGGAGUCAAACAGCUUAUUGUUGGAGUCAACAAGAUGGACUCCACCGAGCCCCCUUACAGCCAGGCUCGUUUUGAGGAAAUCACCAAGGAAGUCAGUGCUUACAUCAAGAAGAUCGGCUACAACCCUGCCACUGUGGCCUUCGUCCCAAUUUCUGGAUGGCAUGGGGACAACAUGCUGGAGCCCAGCUCAAAUGUCAUGUUUACUUUUAGUUUUACUUUUUUAGUUUUUAACAAUAACAAUACAGCUUCCAACCUAAUGAGAAACCAUAGAUGUUAUGGCAUUUGUCACUCAAACAUCCUCUGUGUGUUUCUCUCAGGUAUUGGAACUGUGCCUGUUGGACGUGUUGAGACUGGAACUCUGAAGGCUGGUAUGGUUGUGACCUUUGCCCCUGCAAACGUGACCACUGAGGUCAAGUCUGUGGAGAUGCACCAUGAGUCUCUUGCUGAGGCUCUCCCCGGAGACAACGUUGGCUUCAACGUUAAGAACGUGUCUGUCAAGGACAUCCGCCGUGGAAACGUGGCUGGAGACAGCAAGAACGACCCCCCUAUGGAGGCUGCAAACUUCACAGCUCAGGUCAUCAUCCUGAACCACCCUGGUCAGAUCUCUCAGGGCUAUGCCCCAGUGCUGGACUGCCACACUGCUCACAUCGCCUGCAAGUUUGCUGAGCUCAAGGAGAAGAUUGAUCGUCGUUCUGGCAAGAAGCUUGAGGACAACCCCAAGGCUCUCAAAUCUGGAGAUGCUGCCAUUAUUCUUAUGGUCCCUGGCAAGCCCAUGUGUGUGGAGAGCUUCUCUCAGUACCCACCUCUGGGUCGUUUUGCUGUGCGUGACAUGAGGCAGACUGUUGCUGUUGGUGUCAUCAAGGCCGUUGAAAAGAAAGUCUCCACUGCUGGCAAGGUGACCAAGUCUGCUCAGAAGGCUGCCAAAACCAAAUGAAUCGUCUCGUCAGACACCCAGCAAUCCUCGCUGACAUCAUACUCUGCAAUGUCUCAGAUCCUGAGCACGGUGUUAAAGGACUGGCUUAUGUUGAUAAAAACCCACCGUAAAAGCUUCAGAAGGAAAGGAGUUGACCAUGUAUUUCUGAACACCUUGUUAUAAACAUAAACAAUGAUCAUUCAGUCUG